AUGUCUAAAGGACUGAACCCCUCAGGAACUGGUGGCAAAAAACGAUUUCCAGAUCCAGCAUCCCAGCCAGCCAGUAGCAAGACUUCCCGCUCGCUCCUCACAGUUGAAAAUGUGAAAAAACUUCAAGAGGAAGACCCUGUUGCUAAAUCAGAUCUUGCUCAAUGGUCAAUAGAAACAUAUAUUAAAGAGAGUAAUCGCUUUUUGAAUGCAAGUGGGACCAAUACAGUGGGAAGCAGGGAGCAGACUGUGUCAUAUGAAGAAGAAUCAGGAGUUCCUCAUGAAGGUUACUCAGAAGAUGGUGAAGAAGCUUCAGGAAAAGAUUUCCAGACAAGACCUCUGUCAACUUCAAUUCCUGAAGCUCAGUCAUCAAAAAAACGGGAAGUUGCCAAUUUGGAGACUCAGACCGAAUGGAGUUAUUCAGACAGCUUUGCAGACCUGAGUAUGCAAAGAGAAAUACUCUAUAGUGCAGAAGAAGGAGGAAUGUCUGAGACUGAGACGGAGACUCACGUGAAAUCAAUUUCAUACAUUGCAAAUCUAUACUUCAAAGACAGCACUUCUGAGGAGGAGUCUUUUCCCAAAGAUGAGGAUCUUUCCACUGAUCUGUGCUCCAUCGGUCACUGUGAGUUUUGUACCACUCGCUUGAGGCCUUUACCAAGGCCAGAGGAACUGGAGGGGAAACCAGAAAAAAUGGAUCUUUUUCUGUGUUGCAGGACAUAUAAAGAAGUUUUCCAGCAGGUGAUACAGGAACUUAUGGAGACCCCAGAAAGUGAAAUUGACAUCCAUCCUCAUCUCCAUCCCCCACUGCAACAAACAGUGAUGGAGACCAAGAUUAAACAUAUGCUGGUGGAAGAACUACAAGAACAAGGCUUUGAGAAUUACAGGGAGAUAUUUAAGCAAUAUAUAAAACUUGGCGCAAGCACCAAAAUUAGUUUCAGAUUAUCAGACUAUCCACCCAAACCAGCAAUGACUGUCCCAGAGAAGCAGUAUCCAAGUCCCAAAGAGCUACUGGAGAUUGAUCUGGAGUUCAAAGCAGAGCAAUUAAAGCUUUGCCAUCCUUUCAAGCCUGUGAAACGAUAUUAUCACAAUGGAAAGAUAUUCUUCCUUCUUUUUCCAGAUGGAACGGGCCAAGUUUAUUACCCAUCAGGCCGUAUUGCUAUCCUCAUUACUUAUAUGAGAGAGAUUCAGUUCACGUACUUCAUCCUUAAUGACAGCAAGUCCCAUGAACUUCGGGCGUUGUUCACAAAUCAGGGCUGUGCAGCAUGUUACCAACAAAAUGGAAAGCUUAGGUUAAAGUUGGACCUUUGCACUGGCUCUUCCUUUGAUAAGAAUGGACACCGGCAGAAAUACUGGAAUUGGUGGGACUACGGGUGCCAUGUUCACAUGCCUCCUUUCCAGCCCAUCUAUAUUCAACUAAAUGUUUAUAUCCAGGUUAAAAUUAAAGCCCAAGAUCAGAUUUUCCUUACAUUUACGAAGCACCAUGAUUGUCUCCAUCUGAACGUUGGUGCACGGCUAAAAUUGAAAGAUCCAAAUAUGCUUUGGGUUCUUCAGCAAUAUGGAACCUCAGACCAGCUAGGAAUCCAUUCCCUGCUUGAGAAGAUAAGCAACGUCUUGACCCGUGUGAAGAUGCUAUUGAAGAAACUGUGUUCUGAUUCGUCUGAAGAAUCCAGAGACCUGGGUCUUAUCCCUGAGCUGUAUGACAUAAUGUGCCAACGAUGCAAAAAGGCAAACUACAAACAACGCAAAAAGAGGAAUUAAUCUGUUAGGCAGUGGGAAGCAAAUCUUUCUAAUAUUUUAGUAGUAAGGAAACUACUAAGCUAGCUUCAUAUAGAAACCAUUAAACACCUUCAGUCUGUCUAUAGUGUAUCUUUUCA